AUGUCUCGCUCGCGCUCACCCUCGCCUUCACGUUCCAAAGCCGGCUGGUCAACGCCCAGUCUGAUAUCUAUAACCUCUCGAAGCGACACUUCCUCCCCGAAUAGCGGCAUAUCUACACCGACUUUGUUAGGGUCCAGUGGAAUAUCCUGGGACACGGCCAGAGCCAAAAGCGACGACUUACGGCGGAACAACAGCUUCUUUUUUUCCCGGUCGAAGAACAGCAAAGAAGUCUCAUCCUUACCGCUGUUUCAGACGGAGAAGCUGGAUUGUGAGGGUCUAUAUGUGGACAAGGAUGAUCUUGGGCGGGAGAAAUUUAUACGUAGUUCGCAUGGAUGGGGCCGGCGGCUGCUUGGGUUUCUUAGGAGAUUGUUGCGGAGGAGGACGUUACGGGUGCUGACAACGCUGUUGGUUCUGGGUACUAUAGGGUUCUUGUUCUUUUGGACGUCUGUUGUCGACAGCUAUCGGCGGUCACUUCUCGGCAGAGGACCUAAAUUUGUCGUAAUCGUUGGAUCGAACACUGAAGGGGGUGUUAUGGCGUUGAAAGGUGCACGCGAAUGGGCGAUUGAGCGCAACAGUAUCUGGAUUAAACAGCAAUACGCAAAGCGAUGGGGGUACGAGUUGGAGGUUGUCAAUAUGAUGGCUCAGAGGCGCUAUUCGCAUGAAUGGCGAGAGGGUUGGGAAAAGGUUGAUCUCAUUCGCGAUGCUAUGAACAAACAUCCGGAUGCGGAGUGGUUCUGGUGGCUGGACCUGAACACAUGGAUCAUGGAGUCCUCAUACUCGUUGCAAGACCACAUAUUCAGCCGGCUGGACGCUAUUUCCUACACCGAUAUCAAUACCUACAAUCCUGCCAACAUCGGCCCUCCUCCAUUCUCAUAUCCGCCAAUCAAGAAACCCCCAGUCGAGUUGAUACUGUCCCAGGAUUGCGGAGGGUUCAAUCUGGGGUCCUUCUUCAUUCGACGUUCCCCAUGGACAGAACGCUUGCUAGACAUCUGGUGGGAUCCUGUUGUCUACGAGCAAAAGCACACAGAAUGGGAGCACAAUGAGCAGAAUGCGUUGGAAUAUUUUUACGAAAAGCACCCGUGGAUCCGUCACGGCGUUGCAUUCCUACCCCAGCGGUUUAUCAAUUCGUUUCCUCCCGGUGCUUGCGGUGAUGGUGGUGAUCCCAAAAUUCACUAUCAGGAGGAUGAUCAUGAUUUUGUGGUUAAUAUGGCAGGGUGUCAAUUCGGUCGUGACUGUCUGGACGAGAUGAAACGAUUCAGUAGUCAAGACACUCAACUUAAAGUCCAAAAGCGCUGUAUGGAUAGCAUAAAGGGUUUUUUCCGCAAGCUAUUCAAGCACGGCGGGGAGCAGGAAGACUGUCAAAAAGCCGUGGUGACGCCGUGGCCGUCAUCCUGA